UAUUGCACUAGAAGUCAGACUGCAAAGAGUUUCAUUUUAGGGAAGUUCCUCAGUUGUCUUCUAUUUUCUGUUUUCCCAGAAUACCUCUUGUGUCAAGGGAUUUCUUCUGGAUGGAAGAGCAUCGAGUCCUUUAAGAACAGCCUAGAGAAAAGAGCGGAUGCUGAGGACUCAUGCCCUUCCCCCUACCAGCCGCGGAGGACCCAAAGGGAAGCGUCUCUAACGGACCACAAAGAGUACAUGGUGUUUCAAGAGAUGUAUUCCGGAACAUCCUCGAGUCAUGCAGGACCAGCCAAGAGAAAAGAAUACCUCUUGUGUCAAGGGAUUUCUUCUGGAUGGAAGAGCAUCGAGUCCUUUAAGAACAGCCUAGAGAAAAGAGCGGAUGCUGAGGACUCAUGCCCUUCCCCCUACCAGCCGCGGAGGACCCAAAGGGAAGCGUCUCUAACGGACCACAAAGAGUACAUGGUGUUUCAAGAGAUGUAUUCCGGAACAUCCUCGAGUCAUGCAGGACCAGCCAAGAGAAAAGAAUACCUCUUGUGUCAAGGGAUUUCUUCUGGAUGGAAGAGCAUCGAGUCCUUUAAGAACAGCCUAGAGAAAAGAGCGGAUGCUGAGGACUCAUGCCCUUCCCCCUACCAGCCGCGGAGGACCCAAAGGGAAGCGUCUCUAACGGACCACAAAGAGUACAUGGUGUUUCAAGAGAUGUAUUCCGGAACAUCCUCGAGUCAUGCAGGACCAGCCAAGAGAAAAGAAUACCUCUUGUGUCAAGGGAUUUCUUCUGGAUGGAAGAGCAUCGAGUCCUUUAAGAACAGCCUAGAGAAAAGAGCGGAUGCUGAGGACUCAUGCCCUUCCCCCUACCAGCCGCGGAGGACCCAAAGGGAAGCGUCUCUAACGGACCACAAAGAGUACAUGGUGUUUCAAGAGAUGUAUUCCGGAACAUCCUCGAGUCAUGCAGGACCAGCCAAGAGAAAAGAAUACCUCUUGUGUCAAGGGAUUUCUUCUGGAUGGAAGAGCAUCGAGUCCUUUAAGAACAGCCUAGAGAAAAGAGCGGAUGCUGAGGACUCAUGCCCUUCCCCCUACCAGCCGCGGAGGACCCAAAGGGAAGCGUCUCUAACGGACCACAAAGAGUACAUGGUGUUUCAAGAGAUGUAUUCCGGAACAUCCUCGAGUCAUGCAGGACCAGCCAAGAGAAAAGAAUACCUCUUGUGUCAAGGGAUUUCUUCUGGAUGGAAGAGCAUCGAGUCCUUUAAGAACAGCCUAGAGAAAAGAGCGGAUGCUGAGGACUCAUGCCCUUCCCCCUACCAGCCGCGGAGGACCCAAAGGGAAGCGUCUCUAACGGACCACAAAGAGUACAUGGUGUUUCAAGAGAUGUAUUCCGGAACAUCCUCGAGUCAUGCAGGACCAGCCAAGAGAAAAGAAUACCUCUUGUGUCAAGGGAUUUCUUCUGGAUGGAAGAGCAUCGAGUCCUUUAAGAACAGCCUAGAGAAAAGAGCGGAUGCUGAGGACUCAUGCCCUUCCCCCUACCAGCCGCGGAGGACCCAAAGGGAAGCGUCUCUAACGGACCACAAAGAGUACAUGGUGUUUCAAGAGAUGUAUUCCGGAACAUCCUCGAGUCAUGCAGGACCAGCCAAGAGAAAAGAAUACCUCUUGUGUCAAGGGAUUUCUUCUGGAUGGAAGAGCAUCGAGUCCUUUAAGAACAGCCUAGAGAAAAGAGCGGAUGCUGAGGACUCAUGCCCUUCCCCCUACCAGCCGCGGAGGACCCAAAGGGAAGCGUCUCUAACGGACCACAAAGAGUACAUGGUGUUUCAAGAGAUGUAUUCCGGAACAUCCUCGAGUCAUGCAGGACCAGCCAAGAGAAAAGAAUACCUCUUGUGUCAAGGGAUUUCUUCUGGAUGGAAGAGCAUCGAGUCCUUUAAGAACAGCCUAGAGAAAAGAGCGGAUGCUGAGGACUCAUGCCCUUCCCCCUACCAGCCGCGGAGGACCCAAAGGGAAGCGUCUCUAACGGACCACAAAGAGUACAUGGUGUUUCAAGAGAUGUAUUCCGGAACAUCCUCGAGUCAUGCAGGACCAGCCAAGAGAAAAGAAUACCUCUUGUGUCAAGGGAUUUCUUCUGGAUGGAAGAGCAUCGAGUCCUUUAAGAACAGCCUAGAGAAAAGAGCGGAUGCUGAGGACUCAUGCCCUUCCCCCUACCAGCCGCGGAGGACCCAAAGGGAAGCGUCUCUAACGGACCACAAAGAGUACAUGGUGUUUCAAGAGAUGUAUUCCGGAACAUCCUCGAGUCAUGCAGGACCAGCCAAGAGAAAAGAAUACCUCUUGUGUCAAGGGAUUUCUUCUGGAUGGAAGAGCAUCGAGUCCUUUAAGAACAGCCUAGAGAAAAGAGCGGAUGCUGAGGACUCAUGCCCUUCCCCCUACCAGCCGCGGAGGACCCAAAGGGAAGCGUCUCUAACGGACCACAAAGAGUACAUGGUGUUUCAAGAGAUGUAUUCCGGAACAUCCUCGAGUCAUGCAGGACCAGCCAAGAGAAAAGAAUACCUCUUGUGUCAAGGGAUUUCUUCUGGAUGGAAGAGCAUCGAGUCCUUUAAGAACAGCCUAGAGAAAAGAGCGGAUGCUGAGGACUCAUGCCCUUCCCCCUACCAGCCGCGGAGGACCCAAAGGGAAGCGUCUCUAACGGACCACAAAGAGUACAUGGUGUUUCAAGAGAUGUAUUCCGGAACAUCCUCGAGUCAUGCAGGACCAGCCAAGAGAAAAGAAUACCUCUUGUGUCAAGGGAUUUCUUCUGGAUGGAAGAGCAUCGAGUCCUUUAAGAACAGCCUAGAGAAAAGAGCGGAUGCUGAGGACUCAUGCCCUUCCCCCUACCAGCCGCGGAGGACCCAAAGGGAAGCGUCUCUAACGGACCACAAAGAGUACAUGGUGUUUCAAGAGAUGUAUUCCGGAACAUCCUCGAGUCAUGCAGGACCAGCCAAGAGAAAAGAAUACCUCUUGUGUCAAGGGAUUUCUUCUGGAUGGAAGAGCAUCGAGUCCUUUAAGAACAGCCUAGAGAAAAGAGCGGAUGCUGAGGACUCAUGCCCUUCCCCCUACCAGCCGCGGAGGACCCAAAGGGAAGCGUCUCUAACGGACCACAAAGAGUACAUGGUGUUUCAAGAGAUGUAUUCCGGAACAUCCUCGAGUCAUGCAGGACCAGCCAAGAGAAAAGAAUACCUCUUGUGUCAAGGGAUUUCUUCUGGAUGGAAGAGCAUCGAGUCCUUUAAGAACAGCCUAGAGAAAAGAGCGGAUGCUGAGGACUCAUGCCCUUCCCCCUACCAGCCGCGGAGGACCCAAAGGGAAGCGUCUCUAACGGACCACAAAGAGUACAUGGUGUUUCAAGAGAUGUAUUCCGGAACAUCCUCGAGUCAUGCAGGACCAGCCAAGAGAAAAGAAUACCUCUUGUGUCAAGGGAUUUCUUCUGGAUGGAAGAGCAUCGAGUCCUUUAAGAACAGCCUAGAGAAAAGAGCGGAUGCUGAGGACUCAUGCCCUUCCCCCUACCAGCCGCGGAGGACCCAAAGGGAAGCGUCUCUAACGGACCACAAAGAGUACAUGGUGUUUCAAGAGAUGUAUUCCGGAACAUCCUCGAGUCAUGCAGGACCAGCCAAGAGAAAAGAAUACCUCUUGUGUCAAGGGAUUUCUUCUGGAUGGAAGAGCAUCGAGUCCUUUAAGAACAGCCUAGAGAAAAGAGCGGAUGCUGAGGACUCAUGCCCUUCCCCCUACCAGCCGCGGAGGACCCAAAGGGAAGCGUCUCUAACGGACCACAAAGAGUACAUGGUGUUUCAAGAGAUGUAUUCCGGAACAUCCUCGAGUCAUGCAGGACCAGCCAAGAGAAAAGAAUACCUCUUGUGUCAAGGGAUUUCUUCUGGAUGGAAGAGCAUCGAGUCCUUUAAGAACAGCCUAGAGAAAAGAGCGGAUGCUGAGGACUCAUGCCCUUCCCCCUACCAGCCGCGGAGGACCCAAAGGGAAGCGUCUCUAACGGACCACAAAGAGUACAUGGUGUUUCAAGAGAUGUAUUCCGGAACAUCCUCGAGUCAUGCAGGACCAGCCAAGAGAAAAGAAUACCUCUUGUGUCAAGGGAUUUCUUCUGGAUGGAAGAGCAUCGAGUCCUUUAAGAACAGCCUAGAGAAAAGAGCGGAUGCUGAGGACUCAUGCCCUUCCCCCUACCAGCCGCGGAGGACCCAAAGGGAAGCGUCUCUAACGGACCACAAAGAGUACAUGGUGUUUCAAGAGAUGUAUUCCGGAACAUCCUCGAGUCAUGCAGGACCAGCCAAGAGAAAAGAAUACCUCUUGUGUCAAGGGAUUUCUUCUGGAUGGAAGAGCAUCGAGUCCUUUAAGAACAGCCUAGAGAAAAGAGCGGAUGCUGAGGACUCAUGCCCUUCCCCCUACCAGCCGCGGAGGACCCAAAGGGAAGCGUCUCUAACGGACCACAAAGAGUACAUGGUGUUUCAAGAGAUGUAUUCCGGAACAUCCUCGAGUCAUGCAGGACCAGCCAAGAGAAAAGAAUACCUCUUGUGUCAAGGGAUUUCUUCUGGAUGGAAGAGCAUCGAGUCCUUUAAGAACAGCCUAGAGAAAAGAGCGGAUGCUGAGGACUCAUGCCCUUCCCCCUACCAGCCGCGGAGGACCCAAAGGGAAGCGUCUCUAACGGACCACAAAGAGUACAUGGUGUUUCAAGAGAUGUAUUCCGGAACAUCCUCGAGUCAUGCAGGACCAGCCAAGAGAAAAGAAUACCUCUUGUGUCAAGGGAUUUCUUCUGGAUGGAAGAGCAUCGAGUCCUUUAAGAACAGCCUAGAGAAAAGGUGAGAACCUUGCAAUAUUCUUUGCCUUCUUUUCUCUUGCAGUAUACUGAUGGUAAAUGUUAGAGGGC